AUGGAAGCCCUCGAACGCAUGCUCUCCCGCCCAACAGCCAAACCCUACCGCAGCAAAAACGUCCCCAACACCCAAAUCCACCUCAACUCCUCAGGCCACCUCGAUUUCAGUCCAGUGGGAGACAUUGAAAAUCCCAAAAACUGGUCCCCGGCUCGCAGAUGGUACAUCACCAUCGUUUCCAUCUGCCUCGUCAUCUCCUCCACAUUCGCCUCCUCCUCGCCCUCAGGCUGCGUCAAUUCCAUCGCUUCUCAUUUCAACAUUUCCGUGCUAGCCGCGAAUCUCGUCACGACCUUAUUUUUGCUGGGAUAUUGUUUCGGUCCGUUGCUCUGGGCACCUCUGUCGGAAUAUUAUGGUCGCAGAUGGAUUUUCUACGGCACAUAUAUUUGCUACGUGAUUUUCACUUUUCUAUGCGCCUUCACACCGACGUUUGGGGGGUUACUCGUGGGGAGAUUUUUGACGGGCACAUUUGCUUCUGCGGCUUUGAGUAAUGUGCCUGGUGUGUUGGCGGAUUUGUGGCCGCCGAUUGAACGCGGGAAUGCAUUGUGUGUGUUUUCGAUGAUGACGUUUGCUGGGCCGGCGUUGGGGCCUGUCGUGAGUGGGUUUUUGGAGUUGACCAAGGAUUGGAGAUGGGCGUUUUAUGUGUUGUUGUGGUUGGGAGGGAUCACGUUGGUGCCCAUGUUGACCAUUCCGGAGACGUUGCCGGCGCAGGUCUUGGUGAAUAAGGCGAAGAGGAUUCGGAGGGCCCAGAUUCAGGGUUAUGAGAAUGUGCAAGCGCCCCGAGAGGCGAAUGGGCAGAAGUUGGGCACCAUUUUCCGAAUCACCUUGACGAGACCGUGGAUUAUCUUGUUUGAUCCCAUUUCCUUCUUGAUUGCCAUUUACCUCAGUAUCGUGUACGCGCUACUGUACAUGUCCUUUACGAUAUAUCCCAUCGUCUUCCAACAAAAACGUGGUUGGAACAGCGGCGUGGGCGAACUCCCACUCAUCGGAUUUCUCGUGGGAGCCUUUGUAGCAGGCGGCAUCGUUUUUUACGAAUCCACAUUUGCUACCAAGAAAAUGGCAGCGGGCAUCCCUCGUGCACCAGAGGACCGGAUGCCAUUGGCGAUGAUCGGGGGGAUUCUUUUUCCCGUCACCAUGUUCUGGUUCGCAUGGAGUGCCAAUUACAAUUCUGUGCCGUGGAUUGUGCCAACGCUGGCUGGAACGUUCCUAUCAACGUCCAUUGUACUCGUCUUCGUGUCCUACCUAUCGUAUCUGGCCGAUACGUACAUGAUGUACGCUGCAAGCGCUAUUGCCGCAAACACAGUCUGCCGUUCUGCGCUUGGAGCUGUGUCCCCACUAUUUACAGAACAGAUGUUCGACGCUAUGGGCGUCGGUGGCGCUGGCAGUCUGAUAGGAGGGGUUGCAGUUUUGCUGGCCCCUAUUCCUUUCAUAUUUUAUCGUUACGGCGCGAAGAUUCGUUCGCGAAGUAAAUUUGCACCAACAGAAUCAGCGAUUCCUCAGAAACCUACGACAGAGAUGGAUCAGGAGCAAGGAAGAAUAGAGCUCCCAACCUCUCGUUCCGGGCACAGCAGCUCGGAUGAGGAGAAGCCCGGAGAUUAUCCGGGCAGCGGAGGAGAUCUGGAUAAACAGUCAAACACAGACUUGGAGAAUCAGUCAAACACAGAUCCGGAGGAACAGGCUCCAAGGACAAACCGUGGAGCACCGCCCAAAGAUCCAUAUUUGGACGCCACUGGUUUGGAAGAAGCAGAAUAGAUAGGUCCUGGCAUUGUAAUAUGUUAAUGCACUGAGCCCUUCCUUACUGUAGUGUCUUGUCUGCCACUUCGGAUUUCAGCUUCUUGAACUCAGCCUCUGCCUUGUCAAUACGCUUGAGCAGAAACGAUAACGUCGCAUCUCGAGCUUUGUCCAGUGCUCGUAGGCGUUCGACUGGAAGCGUCGUGUACUCGAUCGGGACUUGGGUGGUCGGAGCAGGGACACCGGGCGCUUGCAGGAUCUCAUCGGUACUGGUGACUGAUAUACCACCAUCUCGAGCGGCCUUCAGCUGCUGCUCCUUAUCGGUGGCCAGUGUUCUCAACACCGCAAUGCUCUCAUCUCUCGCGCCGAGCGACUUGGCUAGCCUCUCCUGUUCUUCUUUCUCGUCUGCCAGUCUUCUUCUCUUGGUGCGGGCUUCCGCUUGGUGUGUUUCCCAGGCGCGUAUGCUUGCGCGCGCGGCCUGCUCAAUGUGACUGAAGCGGACGGGACCCAGCAUGACGCCGCCCCACCAUCUCGCCACAACUACAGCGCCUGUGGCCUGACAGGCUUCCAGGACCUUCUCGACCUUCUUGCCGGCAUAUUUCUCUCCAUCAUCGUCGGAUCCUGUCACAUACAGCUUGGACUUGCCGAUGCUCUGUUGAUUGGACUCUCGCCGCCAGCCUAAGAUCUUGUGGUCGGCGGUCUGGAACUCAGCGAGCGCCUGCAGCUCUUUGGGCUGGAGAGAGGGCGAGUAGACGGCGAUGAAGGUGCUCUGGCGGUCCUCGAUGGCAUCGCUGCGGAAGAGGGUUGGCGUCCCGUCACCGUCGUUGUCGUCGUGGUCCUCGCUGUCGGGCUGUGACAGCUUGCGCUUCAACAUGGUCGGCCCAUCUCACCACCACAACAACAACACCGCUCCGCUGUAUUGGUGCGAUGUGCUGCAACCCACCUGGUCGACACUGAGAAGACAGUGACUUGACUGGUCAC